UUAUUAUUCAUUCAAAUAAUAACAAACAAAACAUUCCGAUCAAAAUUCCGGCGACAAAUUUCGGUUAACAAUGGCUGGAAGAGGCAAAAACAUAGGAUCUGCAGCGGCAAAAAAGGCAACAUCGAGAAGCAGCAAAGCUGGUCUUCAAUUUCCGGUCGGUAGAAUCGCUCGUUUUCUAAAAGCCGGUAAAUACGCCGACCGAGUCGGCGCCGGAGCUCCGGUGUACCUCGCCGCCGUGCUGGAAUACCUCGCGGCUGAGGUGCUGGAAUUGGCGGGAAACGCGGCAAGGGAUAACAAGAAGACGAGAAUUGUGCCGAGACAUAUUCAAUUGGCGGUGAGGAAUGAUGAGGAGUUGAGUAAGCUGCUGGGUGACGUCACGAUUGCGAAUGGUGGCGUCAUGCCAAAUAUUCAUAACCUUUUGUUGCCGAAGAAGGCUGGUUCUUCGAAGCCGUCUGCUGAUGACGAGUGAAUGAGUGCUGUGGUGGUUGGUGAUUAGGGUUUUGAGUUUGUGUUUGUGUUUGUGUUUGUGUUUUUAGUGUGUGUAUAUAUUGGUGAACUAGUGGGGCAUUUUAUGUUUCUUUUAUGUUAUUGUUUUAACAAUUAUGUUUUUUGGUUAUAAGAAGUAAGAACAAUCUAAUCAGUUUAUCAUUUGAUGGGUUUUUGUA